ACCUAAAUACAUAAUAAUUACGUACGUACGCACACUGCGACGACGACGGAAACGCGGUAAGAGCCCGGCCGGCGGCAAAGGCUAAAUAUAUUAUAUUGUUACACGUACGCGACGGACUUUGCCUACGUGUACUUUCGCGCGUCCGUUUCGCCGCGGAUAUUCCCGUGGUGCUGCCGAGUCGUUCGCCGGAGUUGCGCGUUCUCGUUAUCGAGUGAUAAUACGGUAGGUACGCGGAUAGAGGCGACGACCGCGCGAACCCGGAAACGCGAUCAUGUCAUUUAGUCUUGACUGAUGCAGUUCGUCGUCGUGAAUUUAACGCGCCGAUAACGUGACUUACCGUUUCGUUUACAUCAUUAUUGCACUGGUAUUCGUCGAGCUCCACAGUCGUCUCCACAUGGCCGAGAUCAAGUACAAGUUCGAAGCAGUGAUGAUCGUCUCCGGAGCGUUCAUGUUGCUGACCAUGUACGAUCUGCCGGUGGCCAGUUACUUCAAAGUGUUUCCAACAAACUGCCAUUCAACUGUUGGUGCCUUUGGUCUUUCAAACACUUAUACCUACAUACAACGAUGGCGAUGGAGAUGAUGGAACAGCGCUGUUUUGGAUCUUGGACAUUAUCGAAUACUCGAUGUAUUUCAC